AUGCAGAAGUCAUACAAUUAUAAUUACUCUAGGGUUUUGAUGUUUUUAAUGUUGUGUGUAGUGGUGAGGUCUCAACUUAGUGCAGAUUUUUACGCUAGAAGCUGUCCGAAUCUGCUUAAUAUUGUUCGAAAAGAGGUUAAAAACGCGAUAAAGAAUGAGAUGAGGAUGGCUGCUUCUUUGCUUCGACUUCACUUCCAUGAUUGCUUCGUCAAUGGAUGCGAUGCAUCGGUGUUGUUGGAUGGAAGUGACGGCGAAAAGUUUGCGCUUCCGAAUUUAAACUCAGCAAGAGGAUACGAAGUGAUCGACACCAUAAAAAAUGCAGUGGAGACCUCUUGCAGCGGUGUCGUUUCGUGUGCCGAUAUUCUCACACUAGCUGCUCGAGACUCCGUGCUCUUGGUAUGUAAUUACAAUAAAUUAAGUGGAGGGCCAUCAUGGAAGGUAGUGUUGGGGAGAAGAGAUGGAUUAGUGGGUAACCAAACGGGAGCAAAUUCAGCACUUCCUUCUCCGUUUGAAUCUCUUGAUAAUAUCAUUGCCAAAUUUGCUGCCGUUGGUUUAAACGUUACUGACGUCGUUGCUUUAUCAGUUUUUGAAGGCGGGCACACAAUUGGGUUAUCAAGAUGCGCGCUCUUCAGCAACAGGCUAUCCAAUUUUUCCGGCACCGGAGCACCGGACAGCACGCUCAACACCAGCCUGAUUCCGGAGCUGCAGACCGCCUGUCCGGCCACCGGCGACGGCAACAACACCGUCCCCCUAGACAACAGAUCCAGAGACUUAUUCGACAACCGCUACUUCGUCAAUUUGGUCAACGGGAGGGGCAUUUUGCAGUCCGAUCAAAUACUUGUUUCCAGUGACUCAGCUCAGUCAACCACCAGAAGUAUUGCCCAACUCUACAGUACAAAUGCUACGGUUUUCUUUUGUGACUUCGUGAAUUCCAUGAUUAAGAUGGGGAAUAUUAGCCCCUUAACCGGAUCAAAUGGACAGAUUAGAAAGAAUUGCAGGGUUGUCAAUUCUUGAUUAUUAUUAUUAUUAGGGUUUGGUUUAUUUCUCUAGUUGGGAAUUGUAAUGGGGUCUAUCUAAUAAAAUUUAAUUUGGGAUUAGUAAUUAAUUAUUUGUUCUCUAAUAUGUG